AUGUAUUCUUCAAUGUUUAUCUAUUUUUUUUCAUUGAUAUCACUAAUUACUUAUGCACAAUCUCGUAGAAAUGUGACGACAUUUGCAACAUGGAAUAUUGGUUUAGAAGAACAACAAGCAUUUGAACGGACAUCAUCGAUUAUCCAAGCUAUUCGUGAGAGUAAUGUUGAUAUUCUUUGUUUACAAGAAGUAUGGGGUGGUCCACAAAUUUUACGUCAAAUUUAUCAAUUCGUCAAAGAUAUUUAUCCUCAUUUUGAAGUUGUCAAUGAUGAUAUGCGUGACUAUAUUAGUAGUGAUCCAUUAUCAACACAAACAUAUAGCCCUGCUUGUGUAGCUUCAAACAUAACGAAUACACAAAUAUGUCUUUUUACAUAUUGUUCUAAUGUUAAUGAGUCAGCACUACUUAUAUGUGCCAUUGCUCGAUGCCGAACAGAAUUUCUUGCUCUUUAUACGAAUUCAAGAUGUUGGGCAUGUAUUUUUGAUCGAUUUAUUAGUCGUGGUGAUCGAUUAGGUUUGAACUAUUGUGGUGCAAUUAAUUUACCUCAAUUGAUUAGUAUUUCACCAGGUAUUAUUCCUAAUUCCACCGAAGCUCCUUGGGAUCAUUCAAUAGGUCUGAUGAUAUUAUCAAAAAGACAAUAUCCAUUAAAAAAACUAGCAGCUAAUUUAUAUUCAGAAUUUUAUAUUGCACCUCGUGGUUAUAUUAUUGCUAGUCAAGAAAACAAACAGUUAAUUAUUGCCAAUACACAUGUUGCCACAGUUGAAACACUUUUUCCUCAUGCAUCUAUUGGAACAUUUCUCAAUAAUACAUAUGGUAGUUGGAAUGAUGAAAAUAAAGGUCAAACAAUAGAACUUGAAUCUCUUGUUUGGAAUUUUUUACGUAAUAACCAACAGACAUAUAAAAAUGCCAUUAUGGCAGGUGAUUUUAAUAUGGGUAUUGCUAAUGUUGAACAUAAUGUAUUAGCAAUUCAACCUGAUAGUUGGAAUUAUAUACAUCAAUUAAAUGAUACUAAUGGAUCAACAAGAUGGUAUGAUGAUUAUACAGAAAUGCAUAGCCGUUGUACAAUAUGUACAGAUAAUCUUGUUGUUAAUAAUACUAAUCAAUAUAUUAUUGAUCAUAUCUUUACACAUGGACCUAUAUUUAAUCCAUUAAAAUUAUUCACACGACGCAUAUUCGAUGGACGAAUAGAAAUCAAUUCUACAAAUGGAACGAUUAUAACAAGUCUUUCGGAUCAUUAUGGUGUUAAACUUCGUAUUAUUUGUUAA